AUGGCGCUGCCCGGCUCCCCGCAGGCCCACCCUUGGAGCCUGGAGCCUCCCGCUCCCACAGCUGCAAUCUGUUUGCCCUCUGGACCUCGGGAGCAGGAGGGUGCCCGGAGCCCGGGGGCGUCCGCCGGACUGCCGCUCGAGAAAGUGAAGCGGCCCAUGAAUGCCUUCAUGGUGUGGAGCUCUGUUCAGCGCCGCCAGAUGGCGCAGCAGAACCCCAAGAUGCACAACUCUGAGAUCUCGAAGCGCCUGGGCGCGCAGUGGAAGCAGUUGGGCGACGAGGAGAAGCGGCCCUUCGUGGAGGAGGCCAAGCGCCUGCGCGCCCGCCACCUGCGCGACUACCCUGACUACAAGUACCGGCCCCGGCGCAAGACCAAGAGUUCCGGCACCGGCUCUACACACUUCAACCCGGGAACAAGCGGCUUGGCCUGUGGGGGCCCGCACUGGGGGCCGGGAUACACAGCCACCCAAGGGAGUAGAGGCUUUGGGUACCAGCCCCCCAACUACUCGACAGCCUACCUGCCUACCAGUUACGCCUCUUCCCACUGUAGACCGGAGACUCCCUCACCAUGCUCCCUCCCUCCGAGUGAUCCUAGGCUCCAGGGGGAGCUGAUACCCCCUUUUCCCCCCUACCUACCCCCAGGUUCUCCCACUCCAUACAACACUCCCCUUGCUGGUGCCCCCAUGCCACUAACACACCUUUAACUGGCAGGGACUUGGGCUUCCUGGUAAGGGCCAUAGCCUUCCUCAUCCAGGACCAACCCCAUAGCCCCAGGCAGAGCCGGUCCUUUCCAGUGUUGGACCACAGCCAGAGGCCUAUAGACCUACAGAUACAGAAUGCACAAAA